GUGACAUUCAUUGUAGCCACCACCACCACCGCCGCCGUCGUCGCCAUCGUUAUUGUCGUGGGCGGUGUUGCUUGUUCUCGACAGACGCGCUUGGCGCUUCCCCCAUCCGCCUCAGCAGAGCAGGUCAGCACAGCCGAGUGCAGCACUUACCAGCCAGCACCGCAGUUCGCGUGCCGCCUGAAGACCACCCACCACACAGACAGAGCACUCAUCACCCAUCGCACAUUGCACAUUUACGCUUCCCACACCUCGUAGCACGCUUUGCCCACGAGACACGACACGAGACGCGACACCACACCACACGUCACGACACCAGCACGACAUCAUCCUACGACGAGACGAGUCCAGUCGACAGACGGCAAGACGAGGGACACCACACCACUCCCCCUCCCACAUGGCCUCGCCGGCACCGCUGGUGCGCCCGCCGAUUCCUGGGGCGGGCCGUGGGAAUGGGAGCGGGAUAGGGAACAAUAAUGCCACCACCACCACCCCCAGACCGCCUCGACUGGGCCUGGCCAUUCCCGCCUCGCCGAAUCAGCGACCCGUCAACAGCGCUGCUGCACCGCCGCCGCCCCUCAUGAUGUCCACGGCCUCAUCCUCGGAGCAUUCGGCUCUGCCAUCGCUUGGACUGCACAUUCCCCCUCGAGCCCACCCUCCCAAGCUGUCGUUGGCCACCCCCAUGGGUACUGCGCACACCCCGCAAGAGCACCCCGCCCAGAGCAAACGUAGACUCCCCCCGCUCCAGAUCGCUUCCGGACUGUCUGCCACUGGCGGUGGUGGCGGCAGCAGCGACGAGUCGACUCACAGUAGGACCAACAGCUUCGGUGCCAACACGACGCAGAAUGGCUCCGUCUCGACCACCUCCUCCUACUCAGCUUUGAAUUUCGUGGAAAUGCUGCGCAGUGAUGGUGACCCACAGUCGGCCUCGGGCUCGUUGUACAGCAGUAGUUCCGCCCACUCAGCUGGCGUGGGCAUGGAACGAGAAGGCAGCACGCAGGCCUUGCCAGACCUAGAGAAGCUCAGCUUGGAAAAGGGACGCCCCUUGGAUGUGGAAGAUCUUGACGACUCCGGCUGGAAGGCGGCCAAGAAGGAGGGCAGGCUUGUGGAGCUGGGGAGUCUAGGUGAAGGCGCGGGCGGUGCAGUGACGAGGUGCAUCCUCAAAGGCGGCAAGACUGUCUUUGCCCUGAAGAUCAUCACAACAGAUCCGAAUCCGGACGUCAAGAAGCAGAUUGUGCGAGAAUUGUCAUUCAACAAGUCUUGUGCCUCUGAACACAUUUGCCAAUACUACGGCGCCUUCAUGGACGACACAAGCGGCACAAUAGGUAUCAGUAUGGAGUUUUGCGAAGGUGGCUCUCUGGACAGCAUAUACCGAGAAGUCAAGAAGCUCGGCGGCAGGACGGGCGAAAAGGUGCUCGGGAAGGUGGCCGAGGGCGUGCUUAAUGGAUUGACAUAUCUGCAUGGGCACCGUAUCAUUCAUCGCGACAUCAAGCCGUCCAACAUUCUGCUGACCCGGCAAGGCCAAGUCAAGCUAUGCGACUUUGGCGUCAGCGGCGAAUUUGGCACCAAGGGCGAUGCCAACACGUUUAUAGGAACGAGCUACUAUAUGGCGCCGGAACGCAUCACGGGGCAAAGCUAUACCAUCACGAGUGACGUGUGGAGCCUGGGUGUCACGCUGCUGGAGGUAGCACAACAUCGCUUUCCCUUUCCUGCGGAUGGCACGGAAAUGAAUCCUCGAGCUGGACUCAUCGAUUUGCUGACAUAUAUUGUGCGACAACCUAUACCCAAACUAAAGGAUGAGCCGGAGAAUAAACUUAGAUGGAGCGACAACUUCAAAUACUUUAUUGAAUGUUGUCUCGAAAAAGAUGCGAACCGUAGAGCGACGCCGUGGCACAUCACCAAACAUCCGUGGAUGGUGGAGAUGAAGCAGAAACGGGUGGAUAUGACACAAUUUUUACGGACGGUAUGGGACUGGCAAGACUAGGGGGGUACAAUAGCAAAGAAAACACACACACAUACACUCUCUUUCUCGCCAGCUCGAAUCGAGACCAGAUGGCACUGAAGUGUCUCUUUGGAGUGGACGAUACAGCACGAGAUGAAUGGACCAUGGGAGUUGCACAAGCAAAAAGACGUGUACGGUCACGUGUGAGGCUGGAACGGUAUCUGCACUACUGAUGAUUAUGAUCAUGGAGACAGGCCCACCCCCAGAGAGAGAGAGGGAGAGAGAGAAAUCACAAAAGGGCUUGACCAUAUCAAAAGCUAUUCCACCAAAGACGUUGCACUUCCUGUACCAUGUCGACCAACAGCGCACUCGAACAGCAAUGUCAUCGUUCAGUAGUAGUCUUUUUCUUCACUGUCGCCCAGUCGGGACCAUGCUCGUAUCUGCGUCCGUGAGGGUUUACGAGCAAGGGAAUGUUGACGAAGUGGCGUCUGGUGCCUCGAACGGCCCUGUCUGUCCCUCGGAACCGUCACCACGUCCGGAUAUUCUUCAGCAAGCAUAGUGAACUGAUCGGGCUGGAGGGCCAUGGGGCGCUGGACGGGUUCUGCAAGUUUCUGGAUGUAUUUCCGCAGAGCGGGGAAGACGGCGGUAAAGAUGACACUGACGACAAAGAUGGGCACUGCGAUAUAGACAAACCAGAUGACGGGCCAUGUGAUUGUUGUGAAGCCAAAUAUGCUUGCGACCAGACUCAAAGGGAUGAAGAGGGUUGCCACGCCGGAGAGAAAGGCAGAGUUGUCGCUUUGCAUAGCAUUGGUGAUGUUGAAUUCGAGCUCGAUCAGAUUGUUGAAGCCUGCGAAGAACAAUCAGACGUGCCAUUCUUGACGAUAGCGAUUGGACGAGGAGUACCGAGCACGUACGUUCCUUGAGUCCAUCCAGGGUUGAUUCAAAUUGGUCGAGGUCUUCGACAGCAUCAUCCAUGUCAUUCCACAAGGGAUCUUUCCGUUGCUCGGGGGGCACUUCGAUUUGGAGCCUUUGCAGCUUCUUGAAGGAGCGCGUGUGAAAAUGUAGGUAUUCCUUCAUCUCAUAGAUCCGAUCCACUUCUCGAUGCAUUCUGCGGGUCCUGGCUUUCACGGGUAGAUGUCGGCCAUGACUGUUGAUUUCUGCCUCAUCGAGCCGGGCGAGAACUUCUCCGAUGAUGUUCUGCCAGUCGGAGCACAGAUAGUACAGGCGACUGAAGGUCCAGCAAAUACCUUCCUCGUCUUCUCGGGGCUGGUCGAAAUCGUUGUCCCGCCACAGGUACUCAAACAGAAGCUUGGUGACAAUGCGCUCUGACACGGGGCUUGGCUUGGUGAAUACGAUCGUCACUGAAAUGUUGCGGUCGACUGUGGUGAUGGCCGUUAUGUGAGUAUCAUAAGCAACAUGUCCCCAUCAUAUAUGCCUUGAUGGGAGGCUUUCGUGAGGCAACACCGUCAUCAUCAUCAACAACAACAACAACAACAUCAACAUCACUCACGCUUGCAUGCACCUUUAGCACAGAACCACACUCCCGUCCGCAGUCGAAAGUCGGCCAUGUUGGGCAGAUCAUUGUCGUGCAUCAUCGGAGGCUCCAAAUUGACACUCCAAUAGUAGACGUGGGGCACGUUCAUCUGAUCGAUGAUAAAGGUCCACGGCACCCAGCGGCCGCGCUGGGAGGCUUUCUCGGGGAACUGCAUGGUAUGCGCAUACUGCACGGCUCGAUCGAGGUCGGCAAUAUCGGACCAGUGGUCUUCGAUGCACGUGUGCAGCACUUGACCCAGCCAGGGCUGGUAGCCAUUGACGGCGAUGAUCAAGGGGUCGUGCGGGUGCAGCCGCACCUGGUCGUGCACGACUCUGGAAAACGAGGCAGCGUCGGCCGGGCCGUGGAGCGCGACUUCCUCAUAUUUGAUCUUGCUCCGUCGAUGGCCCACGCGACAGGCGAUGGGGACGCGGCUGUCCCCGUCCAGCGCGGGGCGUCUGCGAAGAGGUCGGCGUCGGUGCCCCAUUCGAUCGCUCAUCUCCG